GCAGCGCGUCGCCGGGAGACACAGACUUCCUGCCACCUGCCCAGGUGACACAGGAGUGGGCCAUGGCCAACCAGACAGCGGGCGAGUGUCAGCUCCCUCCGGCGGAGUACCAGGUCUACUUGUUCCCGGUUGUCUACACCGUGGCGCUCCUCUUCGGUCUCCCGGGCAACCUGGCGGCGCUCUACGUGUUCGCCAUCCGGAUGAGCCCGCGCACGGCCUUCAGCGUCUACAUCAGCAGCCUGGCGCUGGCCGACGUGGUCAUCCUGUGCACGCUGCCCUUCCGCAUCCACUACCACCUGCGCGGCAACGACUGGGUGUUCGGGGACGUGGCGUGCCGCGUGACGGGGGUCCUCUUCUACGCCAACAUCUACCUGAGCAUCUGCUUCAUGACCUGCAUCUGCGUGGACCGCUACGUGGCCACGGUGCACCCGCACGUGCGGCUGAGGAGCGCCCGCUGCUCGCUCCUGGCCAGCGCCGCCCUCUGGGGCGUGGCGGCGGUGGCCGUGCUGGUCUUCAUCCUCAUGGGACCCCUGCAGACCGUGGCCAACGCCUCGGGCGGCCACAGCUGCUUCGAGAACUUUGCGGCGCAGGAGUGGAGCUCCCGUCUGGCGGCCUUCAGCCUCCUGAGCCUGAUCUUCUGCUCGCUGCUGCCGUCCGCCAUCAUCCUGGUGUGCUACCCGCUGGCCGCCAGGCGCAUCUCCAGGAUCCGCACCAGGACGGCACGCCGGGCCCUGAGGGUCAUCUACACCAUCCUGGCCAUCACGAUCCUCUGCUUCCUGCCCAGCCACGUGGUCUACCUGCUGCACCUGCUGCGCCGCAUGGAGGUCAUCCAGAGGUGCGCCUCGGCCAACGCCAUCUACGCCGCCAGGAGGGUCACCACCGCCCUCGUCAUCCUCAACACCUGCCUGGACCCCCUGCUCUACUACGUCACCACCAGCCACUGCACCUGGAGGCGCCUCAGGAGGACUUGGCUGCUGGGGCGACUACGGCGGCGGCGUGGCGUUUACGCCAUAACGGUGCCAUGAGUCGGUUGUAAUCCAUUGACCUAUGACCUCACCAACAACUAAAAACUUUCUUUUCCUUCUUUUAGUCCUCGAUUUUCUACAAACUGUGGUACGCACGCUCCCCCUAGUG